AUGUCACAAAACGCUCAAUCCUCGGACGGAGCUCCCCAAGGCUCAAUCAACCUCGCCUCUCUCUCCGUCCCUCAGCUCCGCGCCCUCCAAACCCGUCUCACCUCCGAAUUGGAGCACCUGACCACCUCGCACACGAAGCUGCGCGCCGCCCAAGCCAAGUUCCGCGACUGUGUGCGUUCGAUCAAUGACGGCGUGACUGGGAACGCGAAGAAGGGAACCGAUGGCCGCGAUGAGAUCCUUGUGCCCCUCACCAGCUCGCUGUACGUCAAGGGCCGGUUGACGGAUCGCGAGAAGGUGCUUGUUGAUGUCGGAACUGGAUUUUAUGUUGAGAAGGUAUGUGGCGACGGGGAUAAGUCUGGGAUUUUGGUGAUUGGGCUGAUCGGGUUAACGAUUUGUUUUGUCCAGACUGCGCCUAAGGCGGUUGCGUUCUAUGACAAUAAGGUCAAGGGCUUGGACGCGAACUUGCAGGAGUUGGAGAAGAUCGUACAGACCAAGAGCUCGCAACUGCGCAUUGUGGAAGAGAGUGAGUGCCAUUUCCCGGAUAAUAGGAGGCGGGAUUCCUGUUGCCUUGUGAAGCCCCAUCUGCUAACCUCUCCUACCUCUCCUACAGCAUUGAGGCAGAAAAUGCUCUCAGAGGGUGCUCCUCAGGCUGCUGCGGGCUAA